GGGCGUUCCGGGCUGGGGCUCGAGUUUUGGUUGGGUGUCAUGUGACAUUAAUUAUUAGCCAUGCUCCAGCACAAAUCAAUGGAACAGGACUAGCCUCCGUGAUUUGCAGAAGGGAAAAGUAGGAGAAGGUUGAAGCUGAUGUUCUAUUGAGGGGUCAACAAAAUGAAUUUUCUCCUGGAAACCCUUCAGUUGAUUGUAAUGUCAAUGUAUUACAACAUAGAGGCAUUUGUCAGACUGUUCAUCCCAUUUAAGAAGAAAAAUAUCACCGGGGAAAUCGUCCUGAUCACCGGGGCGGGCAGUGGCAUUGGCCGGCUCAUGGCAGAGAGGUUUGCCCCCCUUGGCGUCUCUCUGGUUCUGUGGGAUGUCAACCAGGAGGGCAUGAAGGAGACUGCAAGACUAGUGAAGGAGAAAGGGACAACUAGGGUCCACUGCUACCUGUGUGACUGCGGUGACAAGGCUAAAGUCUACAGAGUGGCUGACCAGGUCAAGAGAGAAGUGGGGGAUGUGAGCAUUCUCAUAAACAACGCUGGCAUCGUCACAGGCAAGAAUUUCAUGGAUGCGCCAGACUCCCUCAUUGAGAAAACCCUUGAAGUAAACACCAUGGCACACUUUUGGACUUAUAAAGCCUUCCUCCCAGCGAUGACUGCCAACAACCAUGGUCACCUGGUCAGUGUUGCUAGCACAGCGGGUAUGAUUGGUGUCAAUGGACUAGCAGAUUACUGUGCCAGCAAGUUUGCUGCUAUUGGCUUUGCUGAGUCUGUGGCUCUGGAUCUGCUGGCAGCGGGGAAGGAUGGCGUCAAGACUACCAUUGUGUGUCCACACUUCAUGAACACUGGCAUGUUCGAUGGCUGCAGUUCUAAGUGGCCUCUCUUGGUGCCUGUCCUGGAUCCAGACUAUGUAGCAAAGAAGAUCAUUGAGGCCAUUUUAACUGACCAGGUCUACCUUCUGCUCCCAAAGAGCAUGUAUAUUCUCAUGGGCAUGAAGAAGAUUUUACCCUUUAAGACUGGGAAUCUGCUGGGGAUGUAUCUGGGAGCAUUAAACUUUAUGGAUGCCUUCAAAGGACGCGUCAAGAAAGAGGCGUAGUGAAGAAGACGAGAGCAACCACCCAUACUAAGUACAUUUUGUCUCAGACUCAAAGGUGAUUAAUACUGCCUAUCAUUUUUUUUUUUCCCCUUAAAUGUUUCAUUCUUAUUCAACAAAUUUUAGUGUAUGACAAAGCCUACGUACUAGUUUACAUCGGCAGACGAGGGAUAUGGGUAGGCUAUAUAAGGUAAUAAAAUACUGCUAAAUAUGUAACGAAUGUAUGACCUCUAUGUAUUUUCAUAGCAUCAACACAAGUAGACUUGAGUGUGCUUUUUGGAUCGACACACUCAAUAUGAAAUGUUUUCACGAGUUAUAUUCACUUUAUGAAGUUCACGCUGUGUAUGUUAGCUCCCUACACUGACACAGGCUCAAUAGCAAAAUAUGGUUCCUUUUUCACUCUAUCGUUCAGUGGAUACUGCACCCCCCCCACAUUUUAUAAUGCGUGCCCUUUUUGGCAUGAAGCAACAUUGGAAGGGUUUGUUGAUGCACUUUUUUGUUGGUUUAUUUCUUUAUACACCCAUUGUGGGCGUAUUGAGAUUACGUAAUUGUUCACAUGGGUGUUUUAGAACAUAUUGUGCAUGUAGUAAUCUAACGGCCAAGUAGAGAAACUCAGGAAAGUGUCAUGUAAAGGAUCAUUAUCUGUGUACUGGAUUAGUUUGCUAAGUCUACAGUAGCCAUCGACGAUGAUAGUAUGUACCAAACAAGAACACUCAUUUUCCAAACUGUUAUUCUCUUAACUGGACCGCCUACCCUUUUUAUAUUUGAAUUGACUGACGGCUUUUUAUUUAUUGCUUAAUCAUGUACAAUGUUUUACUUUGACAUCGAAGGUGCGAUGACUGCAUGACUUAACUAAUUUUAUUUAAAUUGUCUGUCAUGUUUACAUUUUAAUAACCACAAUAGCAUUGUUUACAUGUAACAAUGUUGGUAUUUAGCUUUGCUCUUGAAAAAUAAAGUUAGAAAUUGGUAUUGUCA